GAGCCGGUGCGCAUGAGCUCGCUUAACCACUACAAACAGCAGGAAUACGGCUAAGCAAUCUCAGUAUCAAGUUGGCUUGGGCAAGCGCACGAACGGUGUGGUCCCAAGUAGGCUGCGACAGCACACCUGAUCAGAUCACGUUGGCGCGAACGCACCAAAGGGCAAGUUUGAUCGCGUCGUUCGGGCAGUUUGAGUGUGAUGGUGCCCGGAUCGGGGUAAUUUCGGGAAAGUGUGCACGUGAAGACAAUUCGGCAGUGAAAGUGGAGCUAGUGAAAGUUGUCCGGAAAAAUGGAUUCUCCGCAAAUGUACGAUAAUCACCAGAGUCAAAAUACAGGGGGUUUGAACGGGGAGAAGAAGUCGGUCAUUAUGAAUAGCAACAACAAUAAUUUGACGACGCUCAACAAUAACAACGGGGGCAUCUCGAAGCAGACGACGGCGCUGUUGAAGCAGCACCACCUGCAGCAGUACCAGCAGCAUGGAGAGCUCAACGACCUCAACACCCCCGAGAUCUCCCUCGACCUGCAGAACCUCAUCGACGACUCGCAGUUCGGGGACGGGCUCUUCACCGACAUCCUGCAAAGCCAGCAGGGCAAGCACCUGCAGGGUUUGCAGUCGCGCCAGGUCAUGGGCGUGCCGACGUCAAACUACCCCAGAACGACGUUAGCGUACAUGCCCCAGCCUGUUCACAGCGGCGCCACGUACUCCACGAACCAGAACUCCAACAGCGACUCGAACAGCUCGGCCGGGAGCGACGUGCCCAGCAUCAAAGAGGAGCCCGUGGACCCGCAGGAGUACCGCCGCCAGCCGUGUAAUGUUUUGCCCAAUGGAUACAUGGGCGCGGCGCCGUACCCCACCGGCCCUGGUGCCGCCACCUUUACCACCCUCACGCCCAGUCCCGUCAUGCACCACCAGCUCAACCUCAACGCCAUGAAGAGCAAAUCCAUGAUGCUCAACCAGCACAUGGCGCGGAAGAGCGUCAAGCCCUGUGAUAAGAACAGCGACGAGUACCGGAGGCGGCGGGAGCGGAACAACAUCGCCGUGAGGAAGAGUCGGGAAAAGGCGAAGGUACGGACGAGGGAGACGGAGGAGAAGGUGAAGAUCCUCAUUAAGGAAAAUGAAAGACUGCAGAAGAGAAUAGAGCUGCUGACGGAGGAGUUGAACGUGCUGAGGAGCCUCUUCUCGAACGUGGGGGUGUUGCCGGAGCACGUCCACAGGGAGAUCAACAAACACCUGGACAACUUCCAGUUACAGCAGCAGCAGCAGCACAUGUCCGAAGAGAGGAGAAUCAUGGACAGUCUGCAUGAUUUCGGACCGUAGCGCGUGCUUUCGAAUACGAUAAAAGAGCUUUAAUUUUAUGGUGCAAUCGACGUCUUUGUUAAAUGACAAUAAACUGAUGCCUCGCGAAGGCCGAUUAUUCGAAUUUUCGGAAAGUUUUGCCCCUUGUUGAUGAGAAUCUUGACGGUUCGUUUAGUUAAUGAUAGAUCUCCUUUAUGACGUGUUCUGUUAAAAACUGUUUAAUUUAUUAGAUCGUGUCUUCGGGGGGAUUCGUUCGCUUCGAUGUCGUACAUACACACAUACAACGAAUUCUGCGCUCUGGAACUUUUUUCGAAAGAAGGGAAUCUUCCGGGAGACGCCUGAACAAGAGUUUGUUAACGGGUAUUAAAAAUACAUUAGAAUUAUUCCGUUCGUUUUUUGUGAUCAGUAAAUUGUAUUUAAAACAAUUCGACUAUAUUGUAUAGAUUAUAUUUUUAAACCGCAUCCGUGUACCUUCUUAACUGUUAGUAAAUUAAAUGUAUUUUAAGAUAUAUUUUUCUACUGAAAAUAUAUCGUUGUUACACCUUAUAAUUUUAUUGUAAAGUAUAUGUAAGUUAAUGUAAAUGUAUGUAUAGAGUGUACUUGUAAAUCUUAAUAUAUUUCCAAAGAGCUACAUUUUUGUAAAGAUGUUUAUAAUUAUGGUGUAUAUUUUAUACUACUUAAAAUGUUCUUGUUUUUAUUAUUUAAUAAAUAUCUCGGAUUUA